GCUCAGGUCAUCCACAUCAUUUCUCUUCUUUCUGGCAAAGCUCUCAAUUGGGUGAAAGCUGUCCUCUGUCCUCUGACCUCUGACCACUUAAUGGGCCCUGGUGCUCCCUUUUUAGUGAUAUCAGUCAGCAGUCUGGUGACAUUUAAAAAGUGUAAACAUAAUAGCCUUUUUUUAGUCAAAUGUAAAUUACAGCAGCGUUUUAUAUUUCUUUGCAUAUCCCAGCUUGUUUGAAAGCUGGGGUCAGAGCGCAGGGUAUACAGCGCCCCUGGAGCACAGAGGGUUAAGGCCCUUGCUCAAGGGCCCAAGAAUGGCAGCUUGCCAAUACCCCUGCCCUUUGAAUCAGUUACCCAGCAACUUAACCACUGAGCUACCACUCCCAUUAAGAACAAAGCUGCUAUAAUAGCCAGCCGAUAAUAGCCAUUCUUUUUGUUUUUUGGUCUCAGGAGGCCACAGUAGCUGUAGUCAUCUCAAUUUGCGGAUGCACCUGCCCAUGAACCAAGUGCCCAGAUUUUACCUCCACCUGCCUCAGGGCAGUCCUUAGGAAUCGUUACGAAACUGUGGGGCUACAAAACAAUCCAAACAAAAAAGUGACAAAAUGGUUUAAUUUGGAGUGGAAUAGUUUUUUUUUUUUUUUUUUGUAAGACACUGGAGUCAGGUGGAUUUGUCAAUUUCCCUUGGAUAAAUCCAGAGUUAAGCAUGCCUUAAGUGACUAGUAGUUCAUCUGUGUGAGGCUUUGGCUAUGCUUUAAAUUUAGACACUGCAUUGGCUUUUUAAGGGUGUAAUCAAGUAGUCAACACAGAAACGGACCAAUCCGUUGGACUUGUGCACCACCAGGCUGUGCUAACUGCUGUGGGAUUCUUUGUUGAUGAAUGUUUAGGGAGCUUGUAUUGGUAAUAUCCAGACCACCACACAUAGAUAGGUCUCAGUAUUGUGUUCUAUGAGAACUGUGCGGAUCAAUAUUGUGUGGAUCCAAGAUCCAAAAUGGCAGCACGGGAGAAAGCGGAAGCGCGGGGGAAAAAACGCUUGUCCAGAGCGAUGUACAAAAGUGCUUUGAGUCUCUAACAAUGAAUAAGUCUACACUGGUACGCAAGAUUGCAAACUUAAUAUAAAUAUUACUCUUGAAUUCUACAAAAACUCUUCCCUCUUGAGAUCAGAGAGAGGCAUCACCACUCUCCUUUGUUUUCAAAAAACAAGGUGAUAUAUUUGAAGUGCCCCGUCUCCAUCCCUGCACCUAACCUUAUAGUCAAUUUCCUGAUUGAUCAUGUGACUUCAAAGGGCCUUUCCCACAUUGUAAUUUAGGGAGGUGGUAGUCCACUGGUUAAGGCUCUGGGUAACUGAUCAGAAGGUUGGGAGUUCAAACGCCUGUAUCACUGCGCAACCUAAUGUAAUGUCAGUGGUGAUGUGCUGUCGGCUGUGAGUUGCAAUUUGCCCCGAUAGGAUUAAUAGCACGUGAAGUGCCUGCUCCGACAUUGGCCACCCCAUGCUUGCAGCACUUAAAUAGUUUGAGGAACACUUAAACGUGGGCCAAUCUUGUUUAUUGUGAGCUGUUUUUUUGUCCAGCAUGCUCUGGAGCAGCAUCUGAUCAUCUGCCUGGCUGUUGAUCAGGGCCUGCUCUGUUUAGACCUAGAGAACGACCUGAUAUUGUGUCUGCUGGAUGGGGGUGAGGACUUCCACUAGCUCAUUCAAGAGCACAAACUCCAUGAGGGAGUUCCUCCUUUCUUUCCUGGAUUUUUAUCCCCAGUAUAAAGAGCUUGCAGUCUCAGGGAAGGAGUGGCAUGUAGAUGAUAUGAGCGGUGUGCAGCCUUCUCCUGCUACCCUACUACCUACAGGACAAAGAUGUAUCCCUGCAAGAACAUCACUAGAUCCAACAGAGAUGGUCUCCCUUGUGAUUAAAUGUGAGGAUCUGGAAUCCACAGAGAUCUCUAGUAGUCAUCAAAGCUCAUCUGGUACUUCCCACACUAAUGGGAAAAAUGAAAUUCACCAGGGCCCAGAGUGUGGCAAGAUUUUCAGUCAGAAGAGGACUCUGAAGGAACACCAGCGCAUCCACACAGGAGAGAAGCCGUAUCAUUGUUUAGACUGUGGGACGAGUUUUAGUCAAAAUGGACAUUUCAAGAAACACCAACGGAUUCACUCGGGUGAAAAGCCGUAUCAGUGCUCUCAGUGCGGCAAGGAUUUUAUUAGUCAAAGCGCUCUCCAGCGGCAUCAGCGCACUCACUCGGGGGAGAAGCUGUACCAGUGUACGCAGUGCGAGAAGAGUUUUAUUGAGCGCAGCAAUCUUGUAAAGCACCAGCGGGUUCACACUGGAGAAAAGCCGUAUCAGUGCUCGGACUGCGGGAAGAGUUUUAGUCAGAAAAGCACUCUAAAGGAGCAUCAGCGCAUCCACACAGGAGAGAAGCCGUAUCAUUGUUUAGACUGUGGGAAGAGUUUCAAUCAAAGCGGGAAUCUCAAGAAACACCAGCGGAUUCACUCGGGUGAAAAGCCGUAUCAGUGCUCUCAGUGCGGCAAGAAUUUUAAGAGUCACAGAUAUCUCCAGCAGCACCAGCACACUCACUCGGGGGAGAAGCUGUACCAGUGUACGCAGUGCAAGAAGAGUUUUAUUGAGCGCAGCAAUCUUGUAAAGCACCAGCGGGUUCACACUGGAGAAAAGCCGUAUCAGUGCUCGGACUGUGGGAAGAGUUUUACCCAAAAGUGUAACCUCCAGAAACACCUGCGCACUCACACCGGAGAUAAACCAUUUCACUGCUUAGAGUGUGGGAAGAGUUUUACUCAAGAAAUUAACCUCCAAAUACACCAACGUGUCCACACGGGGGAGAAACCGUACCACUGUACACUCUGUGGAAAGAACUUUACCAACCAGACUAAUCUUCUGCGACAUCAGCGCAUUCACACGGGCGAGAAACCGUAUCAGUGCUCAGAGUGCGAGAAGAGAUUUAUAGAGAAAGGUUUCCUGAUGCAACACCUACGGACUCAUACAGGAGAGAAACCGUAUCAGUGUUCAUACUGCGGGAUGAGUUUUACACAGAGGGGUAACCUCAGAACACAUUUAUACAUUCACACUGGUAAUAAACCGUAUAAGUGUUUAGAGUGCGGGAAGAGUUUUAUCCAGGAAGCCAAUCUCCAAGUGCACCAACACGUUCACACUGGACAGAAACCGUAUUACUGUUCAGCAUGCGGGAAGGGCUUUACUACGCAUAGUAGUUUCCAGCAACACCAGCUCAUCCACACCGCAAAGAAACCAUAUCAGUGUUCAGAUUGUGGUAAGAGCUUUACAAAAAUUGGUAACCUCAGAAAACAUCUACAGGUUCACACCGGAGAAAAACUGUAUCAGUGUUUAGAGUGCGGGAAGAGUUUUAUCCAGGAAACCGAUCUCCAAGUGCACCAACACGUUUACACUGAGGAGAAACACUUUCAGAUUUUGGAUUGUGGUAAGAUUUCUACUGCUCUCAGCCUGCCUACACCGGCGCCUAAGGGCCCGAGUUGUAUCAUUGAGCCAGGGGUCCACAGGAACAUUGGUCGACUUUACCUUGUAGGGUGCAACAGAGUCCAGAAUCUGGGAGCAGAUGGUAUGGAAGGAGGCAAGGAAACGUCCGCUGGAGCUGAAUUUGAGGAGCUUCACUGCGUUCUGCUGGAAACAUCAAGAAGUGGUGUCCAGUCUUCUACUGCUAUCCUGCUACCUACAGAACAUCAAUUUAUCCCUGCAAGAACAUCAAUAUAUAAAACUAGGAUGAUCUCUGGUGCAAUUAAAUGUGGGGAUCUGAAAUCCACAGAGAUCUGUAGUAGUAAUCAAAGCUCAUCUGGCACUUUCCACUGUAGCCUCCUUUACAGACAAGUGCAAAAUAAAAUUUACCAGUGCACAGACUGUGGCAAGAUCUUCAGUCAAAAAAAACCUUUUAAGGAACAUCAGCAAAUUCACAAUGGAGAGAAGCUAUACAGCUGUUUGCACUGUGGGAAGCGCUUCAAUCAGAAGGGUACUCUCAAGAAACACCAGUGUGUUCACUCAGCAGAGAAGCCAUAUCACUGCUUAAACUGUGGAAAAAGUUUUUGUCAGAAGAGCACUCUGAAGGAACACCAGCGCAUCCACACAGGAGAGAAGCCGUAUCAUUGUUUAGACUGUGGGAAGAGUUUUAGUCAAAACGGGAAUCUCAAGAAACACCAGCGGAUUCACUCGGGUGAAAAGCCGUAUCAGUGUUCUCAGUGCGGCAAGAAUUUUACGAGUCAGAGCGAUCUUCAGCGGCAUCAGCGCACUCACUCAGGGGAGAAGCUGUACCAGUGUACGCAGUGCGAGAAGAGUUUUAUUGAGCGCAGCAAUCUUGUAAAGCACCAGCGGGUUCACACUGGAGAAAAGCCGUAUCAGUGCUCGGACUGCGGGAAGAGUUUUACCCAAAAGUGUAACCUCCAGAAACACCUGCGCACUCACACCGGAGAUAAACCAUUUCACUGCUUAGAGUGUGGGAAGAGUUUUACUCAAGGAACCGACCUCCAAAUACACCAACGUGUCCACACGGGAGAGAAACCGUACCACUGUACACUCUGUGGAAAGAACUUUACCAACCAGAGUAAUCUUCUGCGACAUCAGCGCAUUCACACGGGCGAGAAACCGUAUCAGUGCUCAGAGUGCGAGAAGAGUUUUAUAGAGAGAAGUAUUCUUAUACAACACCUACGGACUCAUACAGGAGAGAAACCAUAUCAGUGUUCGUACUGCGGGAUGAGUUUUACACAGAGGGGUAACCUCAGAAAACAUAUUCACGUUCAUACCGGGGAUAAACCAUAUAAGUGUUUAGAGUGCGGGAAGAGUUUCAUCCAGGAAGCCGAUCUCCAAGUGCACCAACACGUUCACACUGGGCAGAAACCAUAUUACUGUUCAGCAUGCGGGAAGAGCUUUACUAGACAUAGUAGUUUCCAGCGACACCAGAGGAUCCACACCGGGGAGAAACCAUAUCAGUGUUCAGAUUGUGGUAUGAGUGAGCUUAUGAAACACCAGAGGAUUCACAUAGUGGAGGGUUUUAGUAGAUAUAGGAACGUGCAAGUGGUGUCCUGCCUCCUCCUCUUUCCUCACAUCAUACAUUUCUCUCGACAAAGAAUAUCAAGAGUUUUGGCCAUGAUGCAAUCAGAAGAGAUUAAAUGUGAGGAACUGGAACCUGAGGAAAGCUGCAGUAGUGAACAAGUCCUAGUAUCUGAUACUUUCCACACCAAAGUCUCUCGCAGACGAGUGCAAAAAGAAAACCACCACUGCUCGCUGUGUGGGAAGAGUUUCAGCCGCAAAACUUACCUCAGACAACACCAGCGGAUCCACACCGGAGAAAAACCGUAUCACUGCUCACAUUGCGGAAAGAGUUUCAGCCAGAAGAGUCACGUCAAACAACACCAGCGCAUUCACACCGGAGAGAAGCCGUAUCGAUGCUCAGAGUGUGGGAAGAAGUUCACCUGCCAGAGUCACCUCCAGAGACACCAGCGCAUUCACGCUGGAGAGAAGCCGUUUCACUGCUCACACUGCGAGAAGAGGUUUAGCGAAAGAGGUUUCCUCAUCAAUCACCUGAGGGUUCACACAGGAGAGAAGCCGUAUCAGUGCUCAGAGUGUGGGAUGAGUUUUACCCAGAGGAGCAAUCUUCAAAAACACCAGCGCAUUCACACAGGAGAUAAACCGUACCACUGUCCAGACUGUGGCAGGAGUUUUACACAGAAAUCCACUCUUCAGAUCCACCAACGUCUUCAUACAGGCGAGAAGCCGUAUCAGUGCUCACACUGUGGAAAGAGCUUCAGCCUGAAGAGCACCCUGACGCAGCACCAGCGAACCCACACGGGAGAGAAGCCGUACCAGUGCUCGGACUGCGGGAGGAGCUUCAAUCAGACGACGCACCUCCAACAACACCUGCGCAUUCACACUGGAGACAGGCCGUAUCGCUGUUUAGAGUGUGGGAAGUGUUUCAGCCGUGUAGGAACCCUGCAGAUCCACCAGCGCCUCCACACCGGAGAGCGUCCUUAUUACUGCUCACAGUGCGGGAAGUGUUUCAGCGAGAGGGGAACUCUGGUGCAACAUCUCCGCAUUCACACGGGGGAGAAGCCGUAUCAGUGCUUGCACUGCGGGAAGAGUUUCGUCGGGAAGAGUAAUCUCAAACAGCACCAGCGCAUUCACUCGGGAGAGAGACCAUACCCGUGCUCAUACUGCGGGAAGAGUUUUACCCAGAGGGGGAACCUCCGGAAGCACCUUCACAUUCACACCGGAGAAAGACCCUAUCAGUGCUCAGAGUGUGGCAAGAGCUUCACCCAAGGAACUGACCUCCAGCUCCACCAACACAUUCACACCGGGGAGAAGCCGUAUUACUGCUCAGCCUGCGGCAAGAGCUUCACCAGUUACAGCAAUUUCCAGCAGCACCAGCGCAUCCACACGGGGGAGAAGCCAUAUCCGUGCUCAGAAUGUGGGAAGAGCUUUAGGACCCACAGGAAUUUGCGGCGACACCAGAACGUCCACGUGACCCUGAGCGAGCAGGUUUGCGGAUCUCCACAGGAAGAGUGACAGUUACUAAGUUCUGUUCUCAACUAAUCAGUCAUAAGACCAUAGUGAUAGACCAACUGCAUAAUAUCGUGUUGGUCUGCUGUUGCUGCUAAAACAGUCAUGACCCAUCGAGCAUCAACAUCAUGAACUUCUUCAGCAUUUCGAGCUACAGGAGCUCGUCUGUGGGACCAGCCUUCACUCCACACGUGCGUUAAUGAGCCUCAUCCUUCACGACCCUUUCGUUGGUUCACCAGUAUUCUUCGCUUGGAGCACCAAUCGAUACUGACCACUGCAGACCAGGAACAUCACACAAGAGCUGCAGUUUUGGAGAUGCUCUGACCCAGUCAUCUAGACGUCACAAUUUAUCAAACUCCUCAAAUCCUUAUGCCCAUUUUUCCUGCU